AUGGAGUUCAAGUUCAACAUUAAGAACGUAGCCACCGAAGAGGUGAUGAAGAUUGACAACACGCUGACGGCCUUGGGACACGAGAAAAAUGAUGAGUUGAAAAGCAUAAUGAAAAUGAUCAUUGACGAGAUGGGUAAAGCUUCGGCCAUUGCUCAAGAAUUGAAGAUGCCCAUAACCAGCGGCGACAAGCUAGCCAAUUCCGAUCACAUUCUCUACAUGAUGACAGAACACGAUAAACCUGAACAUUUCAGUGUCGUUGGAAUUUUGAAGAUGGGAUGGAAAAAAUUAUACCUAUAUAACAAAGCAGGCUCGCGGUCAGAAGCAAUGGUCUACUGUUUGUUAGAUUUCUACAUACAUGAGUCCAAACAGCGCAAAGGUUAUGGAAAACGUUUGAUCGAAUGCAUGUUACAGGAUAUAAAUUUAGAAGCCAAACAUUUGGCUAUUGACAAGCCAACUAAAAAAUUAUUGCAGUUUAUGUGGAAGCAUUAUCAACUAUCCAAAUUAGUUAACCAAGGAAACAAUUUUGUAAUAUAUGAAGAAUUUUUUGAUGACGCACAUGAUGAAAAGAAUCAUGACAAUAGUGGACACAGAGCUGUAUCGUAUAUGCGACAGCCAAUGUUUGGACGGCACGGGGCUCAUAAACAUCAUGAUACGAUGGGCGAGAUAGUUCAAGGCGAAGGCGAUGCUGCGAUUGUGAAGUUCAAAUACAACCAGGACACAGAUUUUGUGGAUCACCAGUUCAAAGAAACAAAUCCACAUCCUGAAAAUAGUAAUGCAUUCAAAACUGACCAAGAUGGAAACUCCGUGAAACGAGAUCUUAAAUUUCAUCACAACUCUCUGUGGUAA